AUGGCAUCCGAGGCAGAGCCCCACCCCCUGGGCAUGUUUGAAUGCCAGCUCUGUGCCUUGACAGCUCCUUACAGCUACGUGGGGCAGAAGCCCCCAGACACCCAAGCUGUUGUCCUCCUGGAGGAGAGCUACAUCAUGAAGGAUCCCUUCUCCUCAGACAAGGCCAGGUUUCUGGUCCUCGGCGCGCGGUGCAGUGUGUGCGGCAGGCUGGUGUGUGUGGGCCCGGACUGCAGCCUGUUCUACUCCAAGAGGGUCUGCCUCCCCUGCGUUCAGGAGAAUAUCAGUGCUUUCCCUCAGGAAAUCCGGCAGGAUGUGGAGAAGAGAAAGGGCGCCUCCAAGAGACCUUCCAGCCAUCCCUGACUGGCGGGCACACAGCCUCCUCCUGUGCAUUGUUGUGUUGGCUCGGCUGGGAGCUGUGUAUCUGGCCUUCUCUGAACUGUGGAGUACCUGCAGUCCUGGGAACUGAGGAGCCGGCCAAGACUGAGGACAGACAGCAAGAGUGGAUCCAGCUGCAGCUCCAGGGCUGGCCUCUGGUGGAGGUCAGGAGUGAGGGAAAGGGAGCCUCCUUCAGCAGACAGUUGGUAGACACUUCCUGUAGAUGUACCUGUGGAGACUCCUAGCUUCUGUCCAGGACUUCCAAGUAACAUGAUGUCAUCUGCCUGUAGGGAAAUCAGCCUCUGAGGGCCAGUGGCAAGGCCCGAGGAUAUGCAAGGGUUACGUCAUAUCCUGGGCAAUGCCUGGGGAAUGAUUUAAACCUCUACCCUGUAGCAUGUUUAUAAUUAAAAACCUGAAGAAUAAACUAAUGGUUUAAGUAA